ACUAUAUAUUUUUUAAACGCAAUUUUAAACAAUUCUUCCAUUUUAACAAAUGAUGAUUACCACGGACGAAGUUUGGAGGGACCUUAUUGGUAUUAACGCCGAUCCGCCUGACAGACGUAAAAAAUGCGACAAGUGCAAACGACCCGUCGUUGUUUGCUGGUGUUCCUCACUGCCUCAGCCUCCCGUUGCGGUGGCAUCUCAAAUUGUGAUUCUGCAACACCCUGCCGAGGAAAAACGCUCGCUGCGCACAGCUCUUAUGCUGCAAUUAGGUCUGACGCCUGGGAAGUGCGUGGUAUACAAGGGCAAGCGUUUUCCCAAUACUCGCCACCCACCUGAGCUGCAGCAGGUGCUGGAUUCGCCCCAGACGCUUCUACUGUAUCCCAGUAAGGAUUCGGUACCAUUGGAAGAAAUUGAUCGCAGUGCGGGUCCCUAUACCCUGGUGCUCAUUGACGGCACCUGGCCCCAAGCAAAGGCCAUCUAUGCUAGUAGUCCGGCGCUGCAUCAACUGCGACAAGUCAAACUAAUUGCGGUGGGUGUGAGUGACUACAUUAUACGCACACAGCCAACUGAGGGCUGCCUAAGCACCCUGGAAACAGCGGCGCAGUGUCUGGCGGUGCUGGAAUCGAAGCCAGAGUUGCGUCAGCAGCUGGUUCGUCCACUGCAUGCUUUGUGCAAAUACCAGCUGGACAAUGGUGCCGUCGAGCAUCAGUCCAAGGAAUACCUCAUGAAAACUAAUCAAUAUCCCAAGCCGAUUGGCAAGAGGCUAAGUCGCCUAUUGAACUAUAGCAAUACUGUCUGCGGCAGUGCCGCGCCCCUUGAACAACAGUCGGAUACGCAGGAGUCUAGAUGAAAAAUAAAGUAGUUAAUGUUCUGCGCACGGCCGUGGCUGCAUAUUUAUUAAGUACACAUUAUAAACUAUUUGUAAUUUUUAAACA